GAUGAAGAAAAUAUAUAAAUAAUAUGAUAAAAUAAGAAGAGAACAUUUCUAAAUGUUCCAUUUCUAAAGCAAGUGAUUGUCUGAAAACAGCCUACAGGGUAAAACAUGGUUCCCUCUAGCGGCCAUUUUGUUCGAAUGUCGUCGUUGUUUCGUAUUUCUAUAUUCCCCUCGAGUAGGAAAACCCUUUAUGAUAAUAUCGUUAAAAGUACAACGAAACACUUAUAUUAGCAUACGGGAUUUGUCACAUUUGAGAACGCAGGAGCUUAACAUUGCUGGCAGGGGAUGGCGCUGUUGUUACGGUUACCUCCUCAGAAUCUGCAAGAACGGAAGGUGAAGUUACUUGUCAAGAGUUUGUGCAUCCAAAAGUUUGCCUCAGGAUGAUCAAGCUGCUCCAGUUAUUGUGUCUUGCUGGCGUCCUUCUACAGUGUGAAGGUCAAGGUCUCCAAACAUGCCUUGUUCACCCUACGUACAGACCGGCAGAAAACGCCGAUAUAACAGUGACGUGUGGAACCGAUCAGAUGUUUUUAAAAGUUCUCCUGUGUCCAAUGUAUUUUGGGGGAUACAACGAAUCUCUAAUGGCCCUCAAUGCUAAGUUUAACAUCCCAGCCUGCCGUGGAGUAGCAGACUGGACCGUCAAUCCUCCCGUCUUGCUGUUUAACUUCUCAAUCUCUCAGGAGGUGCUCACUCUUUGUGGCAACAAUAUGAACAUUACAAGUCAAGUGGGCUCAGGAGUAUUCUCAGAGUUCUCCCAAAUCCAGUCCGUUAAUGUCUCCGGAUUAAUCAAUUCCUGGGAUCCCAGCAUUAGCACAAUCACUUACAGGCAACAACUGAUGUACCAGUUUUCAUGUCUGUAUCCACUACAGUAUUUAGUCAACAACACCGAGCUCAGCGUGUCAGGAGUGAGUCUAGCUGUGAAGGACAACAAUGGCACCUUCAUCAGUACUCUAAGCAUGGGUCUUUUCAGUACUGUCGACUAUAGUACCAAAUUACAGAUACCAGGAUCUGGGCUGCAGUUGAAAACUCGCAUAUAUGUAAAGGUCAAGGCAACAAAUCUCACAAACAAGUUCAAUGUGUUGCUGGAUCGUUGCUAUGCCACAACCAGCCCAUAUCCAGUCAGCAGCACCUCCUAUGAUCUUUUUGUUGGGUGUACUCGUGAUGCCCAGACAAAGAUCGACACGAAUGGGAUAUCCCAGGAAGCUCACUUCUCCUUUGAGGCUUUCCGCUUUGUGGAACAUAAGAAUCUGACCAUCUCCACUUUCUACCUGCAUUGUGUUACCCGCCUCUGUGAGAACUCCACUUGUGCCACCUUGCUUCCGAAAUGUGUAAGGAAGAGAGAAGUCAAAUCUCCAGAGUACAACGCCAGUGAUGUAACCACUGUCUCCUCAGGACCAAUCAUGACCAGAGUUGACAACGCCAACGGUGGCCCUGUGAUCAGUAGAUAUACCUCUUCAGCAUCCAUCCCUCAACUGACGUAUGCUGGCAUAGCCACUGGCUUGCUGAGCUUCUUUCUAUUGGACUGGUUGUCUACAUCAGGACUUGCAUGAUCUACAUCAGGAUUACCUUACCUCUUGAUUGAACACAACAGUCUUAGAAGAUUUCUCACAUGAUACAAAAAUGUGAGAAAAUAUAUGUGUCAGUUAUCAACACCUCUGUUUUACAAAAUUAGUAGAUAGAAUAUUUUGUAAUUUUGAUCUUUUUUGUCCUAUAUGUUCUAUGAUCUUCUAUGAAAACAAGGAAAAUAGAAAAGUCUAUAAUGCAUGUAAUACUGCUCUUGGGGAAAAUAUAUGCACUAUGUAUGUAAUAAUUUAACAUUUAAACUUGAAUAAAAGUGUUAGAAGCUGU